AUGCAGUUUUAUCCUGGGAUUCGGAACGCCAUGCAACCGUCAUACUACGGGGCGUUUACAGAAUUAAGGAAAGAGAUCAUAUCUCGACUCUGCAAAUCNGCUUACCUGAAGCAGUGGAAUUGUUCAGAUGAGGAUGAUGCGAAAGGUGAGAUGACUCUUGCAAGCAUGGAAGAAGUUGUAAACAGGGAAGAAGAUUCAGAUGAGAUUACUGAUUAUCAGAAGGUUGCACUUGCUUAUGUACCUGAUCGUGCAUCUAAGAUGAUUGCAAGAUUCAAUUUCGAGGGCGCCUUCUUUUUGGCCCCAAAUGCACAACAAGUGUCUUUGGCACCAUGGAUCUGCAACCAUAUCGAUAAACCCCUGGCGGAAAUUUCUCUGACCGUGCUUGUGUUGCUAUCUCUUUUUCACCAACUUGUAGCUCAAAUCCACAUCGACAUAGACAAGGGUCUGGUCAGACUAAUUUAUAUGCGACAUGUUGUGGAGCUAAUCAAAGGAGAGCCGAUGAUGUUCAAGUCCAUUCAAAUGUGUUAG